GCCGCCUACGUCAAGAGGACCCCAAACGUGAAGCGUCACUUGAUGACGUAAAGGGGCGUGUCUAGCGAAGGCUUAACCCUUUAACUAGUGGAGCUUUGCUAAUCACGUGACGCGGAAGAUGAUGCACGAAAACGAAAAAGCUUCUUUAGCUGCUCGCCGCUGUUCCCCACAGUUUCAGCAGAGGGCGCUCCUCUGCAUUCUGGCACUUCAGGCGUCCUGUGGCCAAGACAACAAGCGGGAAGUGAAGCGCGGAUAUUGAAGUGGUCCGAGCUGCCGGAAGUGGAGCUGAGGGAUGCAUCGUCGGCAGAGAGAUUGGCAGAACCCUGCCACUGGCAGACUGGCUCCAGCUGUGGCUCUUAGAGCCCCAGGAAACAUGAGGCCAGGUAAGAGCAGCCGCUCGAAACCAUACAGAGUUAACUACACCUGGAACCGUGGUGGGCGGCUGAAGGAAUUGCGCAUCAGGCAUCUGGCCCGAAAAUUUCUAUACCUCUGGAUAAGAAAAACUUUUGGAAGGGUCCUUCCAUCCACUGCAAGACGCCAUCAUUCCUUACGACUUAUGCGUUACUGCUUUUCUCAGUGGAAGGAGGAGUGGUGGACAUUAUGUAAAGAAUGGAGGCUCAGUGUCCGAUCUGAAUGUCAAUAUAGGUAUACUCUCUACACAAUGUGCUUUAAGGCAUGGAGGAGCUUUGUGACCACACAGACUCGGACUAAGCAGAAGUAUCUUAUUGCAGAAAAGUUUGCUCAGAAGCGUAUGAUGUGUAUUGCAUUGAAUCACUGGGUAAUAUAUAUCCACAUGUGCAGGACAAAAAAUCAAAUGCUUUCUGAAGCUCUGGAGUUUAGAGAAUACAGGCUCAUGUGCAAUACAUGGCAUGUUUGGGUGAAACGGAUACAGCAGAGGCAAAGAAUCUUUCAAAUGGAUACGCUAGCUUUAAACCACUGGGCUUUGAGCCUGCAAAUGAGGGCUUGGCUUCAAUGGAAAGAAUUGCAUCUUCUCAGUGAGGAAAUAAAGAUGAAAGAGGAGAAAGCUAUUAAUCAUCAUCGGUGCUGUAAGCUGCAGGCAGCAGUUCAGGCUUGGCUUCUCUACUUGCAUUAUCGUCAGCAGAAGAAGCAGCGUCAUGCACUGGCCUUGUGCUCUUAUCGUGAACAUCUCACUCAGAGAUAUUUAACAUUGUGGUUCCAUCAAAUGGAAAAAGUCAAGAGAAUGCAAGCAAAACAGGAAUGUUGUAAAUCUCUGGCACAACGCUUUAUCCUCCGAAGAGUGUUCAACCACUGGCGGCACUACAUGCAGAUUAGCUCACAAGAAGUCAAUUUACAGGAAGUGGCACAGGCCCAUUACAGACUCCACCUCAUGAAGUCUGGCUUUCAGGCUCUCAAGAAGAAUAUCUACCAAGAACAGUGUACACAGAAAAGAAAGCUGCAGGCUGCCCAUCAGUACCAAUAUUCAUUGCUCGGCAGAUUCUGGACUAUUUGGCAGUGUUGUAUGGAGCAGAAAGAAGAAGACAGACUCUUGUCCCUUACAAAGGCGGCCCAUUCUCAUUACAGGUUAGUGGUUCUGCAGAAGUAUUUCAAUUUCUGGAUACGAUACAAGCAGCACUGUAACAUCAAAAAGGUGCUUGUUACAGCUGCAGAUAGCCACUAUGCUAAGUACCUUUUGCCUCAAAGCUUCCAGACAUGGAGGGUAAAAACCUAUGUAAAGCGGGAUUACAGAGAAAUGGAAGAUCAAGCCACACAAUUUUACAGUUUUUGUGUACAGAGAAGUGUGCUCUUCAGUUGGAAAAGGAAACUGAAACAUCAACAGGAGAAUCGUUUAGCUGAGAGAAUGGCUAUUCUGCACUGCAACUUAAGGUUGGUUGAGCAAUAUUGGUGCACGUGGAAAAGUAGUCUGGCUACGCUUUAUGCACAGCGUGAGGAGGCUGUGUUGGCUUCAGAACACUACUGCAGGAGACUGCUCUUGCUUUCAUUCCGUACAUGGAAAGAACAUGUUGAAGAUCUAAAAGCAGAGCGAUACAGAGAAGAAUCUGCUUCAUGUCAUCACCAACAGCUCUGUAAAAGGAAUGCUUGGGAUCAGUGGAGGCUGUUUGUGGUUUACAGACGACAUAAACGACAGAAGUUUCUUUGUGCAGAUGUAUACUGUCAACAGUGGCUGCUCAGAAGAGUACUAGAAGCAUGGAAGCACUACCAUAGGAAUAUCCAGAGUGUUUUGCAAGAAGUGGCCAGGAAAGAGUGGCAACACAAAGAAUGCAUCCUUCGAGCUGCCUUUAAUACCUGGAAGAACCAAGUGACUGCUCAGAUUGGAGAAAGAAUGCAGACAAACAUUGCAGAUAAUCACCAUAGAAAUAGGAUACUAAAACAGGUUUUGCAAACGUGGAGAGAGACUGCAAAUAUUCAGGCGUGUAGCAGAGAACAAACCUCCAAAGAAGUAAAAGUGGCAAUUGGAUGCCUGCAGAAAGGAAAACUCUGCCGCCUGUUUUUAUACUGGAGAGAGCACAGUCAAUUUACCAAGGGAGAACGACUGAAGAUGGAGAUUGCUGCAAAGCAUCAUGGAAGUAGAUUAUUGAAGAUUUUUGUCAAAAAGUGGAAAGUGUACCAUGCUUUAUGUUUAAGAAAAAUGCUUCUUCAGCGGCAGCAGAUUGUCUUUUCUGGACGCAGGAUAUGCCAAUAUCAUCUGAGGAGAUGGCACCAUUUGCUUUUGGAGAAAAGGCAGGAAGAUAAGCAGACAGUACAAGCCCUGUGGCACUGGUCUAUCAACCUGCAGGGAAAGGUGUUUGACUACUGGUUGGCAUAUGUUCACGAGUGUCAGAGAAAAAAACAGCGUCUUGCCAAGGCAGUUGACUUAUAUCGAACCGACCUCCUACGAGAAGGAGUCACAAGAAUUUUGCAGUUCAUGUCAGGAAUGAAGCAUUUCAGAUCUCAGCUUUCUGCCCAAAAUCAGCUUAAGGAGGUGCAUCUACAGAAUUUGGCAGUACGUCGUUGUGCUAUGAUUUGGAAAGAGAGAGUUUUCAAGAAGUAUCCGCAAAGUCUUCCACAGAAGAAAGUAACUUUUCAGUUACCAAUUACUUACGUGCAAUCCCAGGAAGACUUGUGCAGCACACCUGCUAAAUUUGUUACUCACAAAAUUAGCACUGCACCUUUUUGUGAGGCUGAACCCACCCUGAGCACAAUACUUGCUUCACGGAGAGACCGUCUAAAACCUCGAACUCCAGACUUUUUGAUACAGUCCUUGGAAAGAGAGGGUCUUCUUGAAGCAGUGAUUGCUGAAGCAGGAAACACAAUUGCUGAGAACCAUUCUUCAUGUAUGCAAAGUUCAUCUGAGCUGGAAAUGAAACCCAAAAUCACAACUAACGCUGCUAAUCCUGCAUCUUUUCAAGUCACUAAUUUACACCAGGCACCAUCGGCUGCAGCAUUAAUACAUCCUCCUUUGGUCAUUCCAGGGCUUGAAAGGCAAGCGGAUACUAAAACUCUUAUGUGUUAUCCAGCAGAUCUUCGGCUUGCACAUUAUUCAUGCUCUAAACCUUUUUCUGAUUAUUCGAGUCGGCUGCUAUCACCAGUUGACUUCUUACAGGGCAGAAGCAUACCAAACCCUCCCUCUACUUUAGAUGUUCUAGAAAAUGCAGAUCUUCAAGCGAACAAAGAUUUACUGACAACAGAAGUGACAGAGGCAACUGCCUUAGAAAAGGAACUUUCUGAAAUUCAGCAUAUUCUGCAGCAGUACCGGAACCAAAAGCAGGAACUAAGAACUUGGCACAAGCACGCACUGGUGUUAAGAGGAUGGUUGGAUGCUGUUGGCCUUCUUGUGGACUCUGAAGAACAGAUAACAGCCCAGGAAGUAAACAGAGAACUCCAACAGCUGGAAGCGCAGAUAGAAAAACGUGAACAGAAACUAAGUGUGGAGAAGUUACACAUCCAGGCCUAUGUCAUUCGUAUCCAAGAGAUUGCAGCAUCCAUGGAUUUAGUGGUUCAACCAAAAUCACAAAAUCCAGGGGAAUCCUGAUCACAAUCAAAAAUAGUCUCCUUCGUUUGGAAAGAUAUUGUGACAGAUCCGCAGGGCCGGUACGUAAUCUUACGCUGCUCCAUCAACACCACGCAACUCACUAGCCUCUCUGUGUACGCGCCUAAUAUGGGCCAGCUCCGCUUCACGAGCCGCCUACUCAGACGGGUCCGCAAAAACACUUGGGGUUCAUUACUCAUAUGUGGGGACUUCAACAUUACCUCUGACCCAUCUAUGGACUCUACCUCUCUCUCUCUCGCUUACCUUUUCCUUCACUUUCCACUUUUCUAUGGGAACAUGAAUUGUACAAUAUCUGAAGAAUUCACCACACUUCAGAGAGGGCAUACACCUUUUACUCGGGUGUACAUAACUCCUACUCUAGGAUAGAUAUGUUUUUAGUCGACAGGGCUAUAUUGCCGCACACUUUGUCCUCUGUUAUUGAUAUUAUCAAAUGGUCGGAUCAUGCCGCUAUCUCACUCCAGUUGACAGAUACUAUAUCCUCUCCCCCUUCCUACUCAUGGCGUAGCAAUCCAUUUGUCUGGUCACACCCGCAAUACGCGACACAAUUAGCAAAUGACAUUUCGGAGUACUUUGCCUUUAAUAAGGCCUCCACCACUGACAAUGUCCUACUCUGGAAUUGCCACAAAGCAGUAAUCAGAGGAUGCUGUAUUAAAUACAGCGCCUUUCUGAAAAAACACCACCAGAAACGAGUGGAAGACGCAUUAGCCAAACUAAAGCAGGCCAAGGAAAUUAACCAAACUGCACCUAAUGUUACUCAAUUGAUUGCAAAACUCAACACUACCUACCCUUAUGAAAAAAUUCUGGCUAUGGGAACAGGUCGUUUUCUAUCCUUUCAGAAGCGUUGGGGAUAUUGGGCAGAUUCAAGACACUGCAUUGACAUAACUGGAAUAUAGACAUAAACCAAUUGUCAUCAAAUGUUUCCCUGGCCAUACAUUCACCCAUUAGCGAUAAACCCCGCAUUCACUAAUGAACAUCGAUUGUUUGUUGGGUAGGGCAUCACGUCAUCUGAUAUUUGUUAUUUUUGAUCCUGAAUGAGACACGCAUUAUAUCUUUAACCCUGCCCUUCGGGCGAUGUUUAUGUGCUACUCACUACUUGGAAGUUUGUUUUAAUGUUCUUUUGUGUUUGACCAGUUUGUGUUCCAGUACAAAGCUUGCGAACCAGGGAAGGUCUGCAAUAUGACAAUCUGCACAAUGCCUCGCUUGAGGCUUAUGUAUCUAAAUGUCUCUGAUGUACUGUUAAAUGAAA